UUGCUAACAAGGGGCGGGCAUCCCCCGGCUGUAUCUAAGAUUCCACUGUAUCUGAAGUAGAUAAACUAGCUCCACUUCUUAAUACGACGCGCGUCAGGCCGCGUGACCGUAGCCUCAGCAGCUCCCCCAAAAGAAGAAAAAAAAAAACUAGCAACAUCUGACCAAAGAAAAGUAACUGCAGAGAAGGCAUAAGAAGACAGAACUUUCACUACAACUUGGAUUCACCGGUGCCAUUUCAUUUGACGCUGGAAUUCUUUCCACGCCUCAACAUGCAGACUGGAAACUCAGGUUUUUCUGUCUCCGUGAUUUGCCUCUGGCUGGUGACUUCAGGAGCACUGGCAAAAGCAGCGGGCAACAUGGAGGGAAAUGGAACUGCUCCUGAGAAACCCAUCCGUCAGUCCCAGUCUCUGUGUGCUGGUGAACAGGAGUAUGUUAACAACAGGAAACAAGUAGUUCUGGAGUCACUCAGCAGCCUGGGAAUCAACUGCACUGCAGAUUCGGUUCCCCACAUCGCUCUGUUGGCAUCAGGUGGGGGUCAGAGGGCAGCUGUGGGUCUUGUGGGCUCCCUCUAUCAGAUGGAAAAGGAAGGUCUGGUGGACUCUCUGCUCUACUUGGGAGGAGUUUCUGGAUCAACAUGGUCCAUGUCCUCCCUGUACAGCGAUCCACAGUGGAGCGCAGGCAUGGACAGGGCAGUGUCCAAGCUGUUAGCUCCUGGGGUUGGUCUGGAGGAGGCCCUGGCCUGGUUGGGCGAGAGGGCAAAGGAGGAGCACUUCUCUCUCACUGAUAUCUGGGGGGUCUUGACCUCUGCUGGGAUCAUGAAACAGAUGGACCUACGGCAUCUUUCAGAUGAGGCCAGCAGAAAUUCCACAAACCCUUACCCCAUCUACAGUGCCAUAGAGAAGCACUGCUUUUUAAAUGGGCCCAUAGAAGGAAAAUGGUUCGAGGUGAGCCCUCAUGAGGCUGGUUUUACAGAGUUGGGUCUCUUCAUUGAAACUUCUCUCCUGGGCAGCAAAUUCCAGAGCGGAGAGCUGCUGGAGAAGAAGCCAGAGAUAGACAUGGUCAAACUACAAGGUGUUCUAGGUUGUGCAUUGGCUCAUGAGGAGACUAUCGGAGAGUUCAUUCCUCCCUGGCUGAAUGUGACCGGGCAUGUAGACAGUGCUGUUGAGUACCUGCGUGUAUACAAUGGACUUGAUAAACUAGUAGUGCUGAUCAGAAGCACCAUUAAGGAUCCUACUGCUCUGUCUGAGCUGGACAAGCUGCAGAAAAUACUAGCAGACAAGAUAAAUCAUAAUGAGUCUGCAUGGCUGGAGUCAAAGAGUUUGGAGGAAAGAAAAAAUCUUUCUCGGCAGUGGAGUCUGGAGCUGCUGGCGGCAGUAGAGACCUGGAGCCAAAGUCUGGAGGAUGGAGCUUUUAAAACACAUGUCUCUCUGCUUACAAAGCAGUUUCUUCCCCUGAUUAUAAAAUGGGAGUGGGGAACUACCAGAAACUUCCUCUACCAAUACCAAGAUUCCACCGUUCCACCUUGCCUCCACUCUAACGAAAGAUUCCACCUGAUGGACGCUGGGCUGCUGAUUAACGUAGCCUACCCGUCAUUUCUGGGAGACAAGAGAGACAUCGACCUCAUCAUUGCACCAGAGUACAGCGCUGGAAAUAUGUUUGAGACUCUGACUCUUGCCAGAGACUACGCUGCUGAGGUGAAGAAGCCUUUCCCGGAGAUAGACGACAAAAUCCUGGAGGAGAGGGACUGGCCAAAGGACUGCUACGUGUUUGAGGGAAAAGAGAAGGAGCCCUCGAUCGUUUACAUGCCGCUCUUCAACAGACGCAACUGCAAAGACGCAGAGGAGUUCAAAGCAAAGAUGGAGGAGUUCUCCACCUUCCAGCGUCCCUUCAACCAGGAGAAGAUUGAGUUUGUGUUGGAGACGGCGAAAGCCAACAUGAAGAACAACAAGGAAACUCUUCUGAGGGAGAUUAACAAGGCUGUUCUCCGCCGACAACAAAAAAAAGGAAGCCUGUGCUGCGCUUGAUCGCUGAUUCUUUGUCUUUUCGGUUUGGUGGGAACUAGAAUCUGUGGUUUCAUCACGUUCAGAAGUCAGACACAGACUUCACGGCACAUGAGUGUAAGCUGUCAAAAAGACCCAGCCACAGGAAAACACAGCAUAACACCAACACAGAAUCAUGUAAAGUGACAGCAUGUAAUCAUAUCUGCUGAAAUAAUUGUGUUGUGUUAUACCUUCGGACUGACACUAUAAAUAAAUAUCAGUUAAAUCUGUGACAGUA